CGACACCAUGCCACCGAGACGCAAAGGUGCCGACGCUGAAGCUUGCCCCUCAGAUGGCUCUCAAAGCGACCUUGGCGAGGCGCUCUACACUUCAAAGGUUGCAAAGGAUGAAGAUGAUGACGUGAGCCCUUCUGAUUCGAAAGACGAGGCGGAUUGCAAGCCCUCGCCGCCCAAGAGGAAGAAACUCUGCAAAUCAACCGAAAAUGGCGAAGGUAGCCGAGCGGGGUCAAAGCCCGCUGUUUGGAGCGAAGCUGACCGUGAGUGGGAUCGCUACGAGGUAGCCGCAUCGCCUGAUGGCGUCGAACACCUCCAUUCGCCUCUACUUUUGCCCUUUCGCCUCUUCCACCUCCAGAAAUUACGGCUCUGUACCUGAUGCUCGGACUGGAUGGAGACCACACGUUGACCAAACGCAAACAGACAGUCAUUGCGAAUGCUCUUGGACGCACAGACAAGGCCGUGGAGCACUGGUGGAACACCAGGACGAAGAAGAAGGUCGCCGAGACUGUCGCACGCUUCGCAGGCAAGUGGAGCAACUUCCACUGAUCUUAUGUAAUGGUUCUGGAGGAAUAUGAAGAUGGAAUGGUCCUGAUGGAAGGUGGCGAAGCGAAGCCUCAUAGAAAGACUCACCUCGGCAAGGCAAAGUCAAAAAGCCCGCCGAAACAUCAGUCCACUCGGUCUCGAACUCAAGAAGGCAUGCCGAAUCGAUGCAUGUGCCUCGCAUAGAUUUACCUCAAGGCUUGAAGAAACAAACCACAAUAGAGAAGCCCUUUUGACUCAUGACUUGGCAUGCCACUCUCGAUGCUGAGAUCAGACUGUGGGUGGGUGCUUCCAGUCUCUCAGAUUGCCGCCGCGCAGCUGGGUACACACGAUUCAAGAAGCG